AUCAGUUUUCUGAAGAUUUUGAAUACUAUUUAUUUAGAAUGACGUUUGAAUGGAAUGUAAUGAUAUCAUGUUUUUACACUACGGACUAUUUAGUCAACAUAUCAAGUUUCAUCCAUAACCACGUGAUGAAAAAGAUAUUUAAUACAAAUGUAUACAGUUUGUGUAACACCUGAACAGAGAUUAAAAUGGCUAAUUUAAUUGUAAAACAUACCGGAGAACAUUUAAACUUUAAGUGUGCUUUGGUUGCAUUAAGUGUGACAGGACAAGCAUUGGAAAAUGUAACAGAAACCAAACUUCAAGCAGUUCAUGAUACAAUAAAGAGGAAACAUGGCGCCCUGAAACCUUGCAGUCAGCAGUGCAGUAAAAUGCAGAGGAAUAUUAAAAAAUGGUGUUCAACAUGCGAAUUAUGGCGUAAUGAAUUGGAAUCGUACGUAACAGGACAAACUACUAGUACUAGAAUUAACUGGGACAAGAUGAAAUCUUGGGAAUGGCCACAACAUCACAGAAAUAUCGCCGAGGUGUUUACUGCCGCUGGUUGGAAUACUUCGAAACUGAAUUUAAAAGAUGUUUCAACGAGCCUCAGCAUAUGGCAAAGCUGUAAAGAGUUUCCAAGGCACUUUGUUCAGUACUCAAAAUCGCUACAAAAGGCAAGGAACAAUUUGUUCCAUAUACAUGCCUCCAGUCUUUGUCUGACUUCUGACGAGAUGAAGUCAAUAUUUAGAGCAAUUUACAAAGUACUGAAUCAUGGGGAUGUCAUUCCGCUAAUACAAAAUUACAAUGAAGUUGCCAACGCUAUCAAAGACCUUGAGCAAGGUAAUUUGCAUGGACAUGAAAAAGAAGCUUCUAAAGCUUUGAAGGAAAUUGCAGGAACAAAUAAAGAAAUACUGGCAAAGAUAAAUAAAUUGGAGAAGAACACAAAGAUGAAUUAUUUACUUCUAGUUUUCGCUAUAAUAUCUGUAUUACUUUCAUUCAUUUACUCCUUAAACAUAAGGAGUACGGAUGAUGACAAAAAGCACUUGGUCGACUUAACGAACAGAUUAAACCAAUGUCUACCUGAGAAGUCACACCGAUUAUUCAAACCUGGUAUAAGUAUGGAGGGAUAUCUUGAUCGUGAUAAUCAGUUUGUAGGAAGAGACUGGUUAUUUCACGAUCUUGCGGAGAAAAUCGUCAAUGUUUCCAUGGGUAGAGGAGUUGUUAUGGUUGCAGAUAUGGGAUAUGGAAAGUCUGCGAUUGUUGCUCAUAUGGUAUGUUCAAACGAAUCGGAUGUUAGUUUUAAGCUGCGAAAAAGACUUGUUGCGUACCAUAUCUGUAAAUUUGAUGUACAGUUAUCAAAAAGAAGUAAUACAUUUAUCAAACGGAUAGCAUCUAUGAUAGCGCAAAGAUCUGCACAGUUUGCAAAGUUGUUGGAAAAAGACAGAGCUUGUAUAGAGAACUAUGACAGUGAUACUUGUGAGCAAGAUCCAUUCGGCUGUAUGGAUCAGUGUUUAAUAGAUCCACUUCGAAAGGUUCAGCUAAAUCAAAGUGAUAUAUACAUAAUCGCUAUUGAUGCGCUUGAUGAAUGCGAAAACAACGAUGGUGAUAAUGUUAUAUAUGAUUUGUUAAAUUCAGACAGGAUGAAACAAAUUCCGUAUAUUUUCAAAUUCAUAAUAACUUCCAGAAACAUCACUGCAUAUUACGCUUUAAACGCGGAUUUUUCAUUUAUGAUGUUAAGGGACAACCAUGACUUAAAUCUUAAGGACAUAAAUUCUUUCAUAUAUGCUUCAAAUCACACAAUAGUAAUAAGAAACCAGGCGUCUUCGAUACAUAAUAUAUCAAACUUUUUGUUGGCAUCCAAUAUCAUGAAUACUCCCUCGAACUUUGAAGAAGGAAAUCAGAUACCUAAAUCAAUCUAUAGAUUUUACGGACAACUGUUCCAAAGACUUUUCGGAAAGCAGUAUGAUCAAUCUAAAUCUAUUCUUGAAGUUGUAUGUGCAUCGAUUUUUCCACCAACUGAAAACUACGUAAGGCAAAUAACGCAAAGUUCGACAAAUAUUACAAAGGAACAAUUUUCAGCUGUCAUGGAGAAAUUCCAACAUAUUUUGGCAUUUAGUGGGGCGGAGCUUCAUUUAACCCAUAUGUCAUUGAAAAAUUGGCUAAUAAGUAAAUCAAGUGGCAAGUAUGAACUUGACAUUAAGCGUGGCCACAUGAGGCAUGCCCUUUUCCUGUUUGAAAAUUUGAACCAUGAUAUACCAGUUGACUUAGUGGAUAUAUCAAUACAUAUAUCGUAUGCUUCCCCAAGAGGUAAACUUAUGGGAAUGUUUCAUAGAAUUAAUCAGAGCAAAUUGAAUGAAUAUAAAACAUGGUCAAACGAAUUACCACUUCAUCGUUUAGUGAAACAGUGCGAUUGUGUUGAAGCAAUACAGUUGCUUCAUUAUCACUUUCGUGAUGUCAACGAACUGAAUCAGGCCGGAAUGUCGCCGUUAUAUUUAGCGGCGUCCCUAGGUCGCACAAAAAUAUUUCAAUAUCUUUCGAUGCAUAAUGCUGAUAUCCAUUUUAGAUUGAGAUCUUAUUCUAAUGUUAUCCAUCUUGGAUUAGCGGCUGAAAUCGCGUUUAAUGAUCGCCAUUGGGGAUACGGAGUAAUGGAUAUAGCAGCUCAAAAUAACCAUAUAGACAUAAUAAGAGAUAUUCUUGUAAAAGAUGUAACCGCAAGUAGAUAUGACUUCCUCAAAAUGAAUGGAUUGAAUCUUUUGCCUAUUCAUCUAGCAUGCAAAGUUGGCCAUAAAAAUAUUGUAAAAUUGAUUGUUGAAUACAAGGCAGACAUGUUAGAUGAUUUUUGUCUUUACUUUGCAUCUGCUAAUGGUAAUACUGAUGUAGUGGAAUUCGCACUAAGUCAAGGCAUUAAAGAUACAUGUCGAACAUGCCUAGAAAAUUUUUACUGGGUGCCGAAAAAUAAGAGAAGAAUUCAAGGCAAUGACUUAUUAUCUGAUGAAGGUUACAGUGUAAAAGACUACGUUUUAUUUGAUGAUAGCCAUUUGAUCAUGUGUGAAACAGCUUUGCAUGCGGCAGUCAGGGAAAAUAGAACAGCACUUGUUAAGGUGCUUAUAUCACAGCCCUUAAACGCUUUAAGUUGUAUUGAUAGAUCUGGUAGAACUCCGCUGAUUUCUGCAAUUGUGUACAAUCGUAGGGAAAUAUUUCAUCAAAUUAUUCGCAGAUUUCGUUUCGAUGUACACCUUAAGUGCCAACACCCAAAAUACAUCACAGACAUUUCUCAAUUAAGUGAAACUGAAUUGAGCAAUUUGCAAUUAUCCAUGUGUGAUUCAGAAUCACCUGUUCUUCAUAUUGCAGCCAAAUACGACAGAUAUUGGGUGUUCCAAGAGAUUGAACAAACUGGUGUUCAUUGGACUGAAAUACCAAGGGACAGUGAAGGAUGUCAUGCUGUUCAUAAAGCAGCAUGUCAUGGCAGCCUUAGAGUUUUAGAUUAUAUAAAGUCUGUAGAAGAAAAUAUUUUACACAUGCAUUGUUCAAAUGGCUCAGAUCCGCUUCAUGCAGCAUUAGCGUGCGGGUCGUUUGAAGCUGCAAACUUCAUCUUAGAGAAAGAGAAACGUAAUGUAAUCUAUCACAGGUCAAACGCAAGUAGGUAUAUGUUUUCAGCCGUUAAAGUAAACGUUUCUAAGGAAACAGCCAAUGAUGCCGAAGACAUUGUUGAUAAAAGCUUAGCAUUUGUAACCAAAUUUAUCACUAAUGGAUUUCUAUUAAAUGUGACGGAUCAGUAUGAAAGAAAUAUUUUUCACUAUGCGAUUUCAAAUGGACAUUACAAACUGAUAUCGAAGCUAAUGCAUAUUACAAAUGAGAAUGACAGCUAUCUAAAUGCGAGGGAUAUAUAUGGCAAAAUACCCGUGAUUUAUGGUCUCGAGAACCUCCCGGUUACAGACACUGUUAAACUUUUCAUAUCUGCAAACUAUACACAACUAUUACAUCAGUUGUCUUCUACCCUAUCGCCACAGGAAUAUUCAUGUUUCAUAACACUGCUUCAUAUAAAAAAUAAAACAUUGCUGAAAGAAGGUUUAUUAAAGAAAAUAAUGAGGUUAAUCGUUCGAAAACGUCGUCUUAUACUUUUUACUGCUAUAUCUAUGUAUAUAAGAAAUGACAGUAAAUUGGACCCUGCUCUUGUAAGAUACAUGUCAGUGCACGAUAACAGUAACAUUUUCCUAUGGAAUUACAUAUCGGUUUGCAUUUCGAAGGCAAGAGCACACUCCUCGUAUGCAAAAAUGACCAAAAGAUUUGUUGAGGCUGUUCACUGUGUAAAUUUAAAAUUACCUUGCAUCCUACAUGAAAUUGCGCGGUUUUCAAAUUUGAAGAUCAUCGUGCAUACCGGCCUUUCUGCGGCUCUGAAUCAGUAUAUUGCAAACUUUGUUUUCAAUAAAGAAAUGCCACACCUUCUCACAGAAAGUUUAGAUUCCGAUGGUUAUAACGUAUUAGAGAGAGCAGUACAGGGAAGGAAUGUCAUUCUAGUAAAACAUUUUAUUGAAAUGAAAAUUAAGAUAAACAAGAAAGUAGAUGAUUUUUUUUUAUGGGCUCUUUUUGAUAAUAGUUCUCAGUCCAGUGUAACUGUGUUGAAAGGCAUUAAAGAUGAUUUAAUAACCGCAGAAAUACAGAAUAAUAGGAUGAUAUAUGCAAAGUUAUUAAGUUACAAUAGUACAAGUCGAGCACAUAAGGCGAAGCAUUUAGAUGAAGUUUUGAUGAGUGACUUUGAUAUUUUGAAAGGACAUAAUCGGGAAAUGCACAAUCAGAUGGAUGAAAUAUUGACUAUAUUACUAACUGAAAACAGAAAAAACAUUUCAAAGGAGUUUAUUUGCUCCCAGAAUAGCAGAAACUUCUCGUUUGUGCACUUAGUUGCUAUGCAAGGAUACAUUGACACUUUAAAGGUUAUCAGUAAAUACUGGGGCUUAAAUAUGCUAAAAUGCACAACUACUGAUAAAUUUACACCAUUAUACCUGGCUAAAGUAUUUGAUAAUAAAGCGAUAAUAACGUAUUUAGAAAACCAUCAAAUAAGGACUCGUGUACCAGAAAGCAAUGCAGAAAUACACUUCAUUUUUAAAAUAUGGUCAAGAUUUCUACUUAAUAGAAAACACAAAAAGAAACUUUAUUGCUUAUAUCAACUCAAAAGAAAAACCUUUUCUAACAUUAACGCGGGACUUAACGCAUUUCGCUGCAUAAAACGAAGUGCAGAAGCUCUUGGCAUAUCUGAUAAAAUGAAAGAUGGCUUAGCUGAAUUUAAAUCCAUAUUAAUAUACGUUUCCAAUGUAAACGUUUUCAAGCAUCAUUAUAAAAUUAUAUGUAUCAUUGAGCGGCGCCUUGAAAUGCACUAUUUGCGUGAGGAUGAAUAUCAGUUACACAUGAACAGUUUUAAAUAUCAAGUUAAUAGAGCAAAUGCAAGUUGCCGAAUUGCUAGCAAGGCUCUCCUCAAAACCAUUUACCAUCGGAUUAAAAGGAUAUCAAAGUCCAGUUAUAACGUAAGAUCAAUUGGUUACAAGAAAAAACAGGUGUUGUCCAAACUUUUGACUGUUAGUGGUAAAUAUUUUACUUUUGAUGAGUGUGUACUAUAUUUUUCUGACACCACAGAAUCGGUUUGUCCGUGCUUUAGCCAUUACAAUAUGAUAAAACAAUCGAUUUCAUCACCCAAUAGUCGACUAAGAGAAGUUAUUGAAAAGCUUUUAUCGAAUAUUGUCAUGCAUACAGUAAACUUCUUUUUUAAAUCAGGAUACUUUGCUUCCAGAGUAAUGCUAGAUUAUAUGUUUGUUUCUGGUGUUUGGUUAUGGGAUCAUCAUUUAUAUGCUUAUAUGGAUGUCAUACAAAACAUGAAGUUCUAUCAAGAUACUUUUAUGAUGAACGAAGGUCUUCUAUCAGAACAUCUACGGCUGUCAGCCGAAAUUCGAAAAUCUUUUAAUUACUUAGAGUGGAGCAAAAAUGCAAGGGAACUAGUUAAUCAAUUUACAAAUAAAUUGAAGCAUGGGUGAAUAAUGGAGAUUUUCAGAUGCGAAGCGUUGUCGUUUGUAUUUACGUUUAUGUUAAAUGUUAAAUACGACCUUUGAAUAGUUUGGUAGAAAAUAGCUUUAAAAAUUAGUUUGCCAGUUCGAGUAAAAAAACAUAAUAAAUACGAAAGUUAUUUAGAACAGUUACCUGCAUUUCGUACUGUCUGAAUAUUCUUAAUAGAAAAUAUGAGUGUUAUCAAGCGAGUAAAUAUGACCUAACUGAAAGGAUUCUUUUCAUAUUUUUGCUGAAUGGCUUUUUGAUUAUUAAACCAAAGGUCCAAGGAACCUCGUUGAAAACAAUCGCAGUCUAACAGAUGUCUUUCUCGAUUAAAUUUAGUAUUAGAUGAAGUAUCGAUAACCACCUGUAUAACCAAUUAAUACAGUACUAUGAAAUAGUACAGAGAUCUACGAUCUCUUUGAGAUAUCUAACCUGAAUAUAUAUUUUAUUGAUUAAGCAUCAGAUACCGGUGGUAUGAUAGUGCAUUGUGUGUAGUAUUAUAAGCUUAUAUUUGAUUUUUUCAUUAAAACUGCAUAUCAUAAAAUGUUGUUAAAAUCACUUUGAUAUUAAAAGGCAAUAUUGUUUCA